UUUUCCAUGCUUUUUCACCUAGGCUUGCAGUUCAGACUUUGGAGUGGUGUUGCGUUCCUUUAUAAAUCUCGGUGCCUGCCCUGCUUUUCUUUCUUAGAUCGCUCCUGUCUACAUCUACCCCCGGUCCGUUUCCUAAGGCUAUACCAUUAACCUAUCAAUCUUUGUCUUCCACUCCAAGCUAAUGAACGACAAAGAUAUCGUAAAUGGUGUGCAUCGCAUUAAUCGAGAUGACGAUUUUGACCCUGCUAAUCCCCCUCCUUUCAAGAUUGGUGAGAUCCGAGCUGCCAUUCCUAAGCAUUGCUGGGUUAAGAAUCCAUGGAGGUCUCUCAGCUAUGUUUUCAGGGACGUUGUUGUCAUUUUGGCUCUUGCCGCAACUGCACUCUACUUCAAUUCUUGGGCUGUAUGGCCGCUCUACUGGGCUGCUCAGGGGACAAUGUUCUGGGCUAUCUUUGUUCUUGGCCAUGACUGUGGCCAUGGAAGCUUUUCUGAUAUUCCGUUGCUAAAUAAUGUGGUGGGCCAUCUCUUGCAUUCCUCAAUUCUUGUACCUUACCAUGGAUGGAGAAUCAGCCACAGGACUCACCAUCAGAAUCAUGGCAAUGUGGAGAAGGAUGAAUCUUGGGUUCCGUUGCCUGAGAAGAUCUAUAAGAAUUUAGAUUUAAGUACUCGGAUUAUGAGAUACACUGUGCCUCUCCCCAUGUUAGCAUACCCUAUAUAUCUGUGGACAGGAAGUCCAGGCAAAGAAGGUUCACACUUUAAUCCCUCCAAUAAUUUGUUUGCCCCUGGAGAGAGGAAAGCGGUGUUAACUUCAACCGUGUGUUGGACAAUAAUGGUUAUCAUUCUACUUUAUUCAAGCUUUAUUUUUGGCCUUUUCCAAGUGCUUAAGCUAUACGGGGUUCCAUAUUUGAUUUUUGUCAUGUGGCUGGACUUUGUUACAUACCUUCAUCACCAUGGAUAUGAGCAGAAACUUCCAUGGUACCGUGGCAAGGAAUGGAGUUAUUUGCGUGGAGGGCUUACAACUGUUGAUCGUGAUUAUGGAUGGAUCAACAAUAUCCACCACGAUAUUGGCACACAUGUUAUACAUCAUCUCUUUCCUCAAAUCCCACACUAUCAUUUAGUAGAAGCGACAAAGGCAGCUAAGCCAGUGCUUGGGAAGUACUAUCGAGAACCUAAGAGAUCUGGGCCAUUCCCAUUUCACUUGCUCAGAAAUCUAGUAAACAGCUUGAGAGAAGAUCACUAUGUGAGUGACGUUGGAGAGGUUGUCUACUAUCAGACUGAUCCUAAUUUGUACAAAUCUACUAAAAGCAAGUUAAACUGAUUCUUUGUUUUAGAGCAUAGCCAGAACAAGGAGAAUACAGUUCGCCCAAGCCAUAACUAUCAGACACUUCAAUGAAAUUAGGCCUAAACAAUGGUCUUGUCAUUGGAAGAUUUGAUCUUACGACUUCUUUUUGUUUUUUUCUUUUUUUUUUUAGAGGUUGGUUCAGACUUAUGAUUUGUUUUAUUUCCUAAACAACUGGCUCCUCUUCUCUAAGGAGAAAAUAGAUGCCCUCAUAGGAUGCUUUUAGGAUGUUUUGGAGGAAUUUACAAAGCUAUGAAGUUUGGUAAUAAUGUAUGGUUAUUUAUUAAAAGAUGCCCUCAGUCUUUUUCCUGCCAAAAUUGGCAUUAUGCA